UGACGUUUUGAUAAAAAAUAUAGAAGCCGGAUAUCGGUGGUGGUGAAUUUGUUUUUUUUUUUUUUUUGUAGAAAUUAAAAUCUUGUGUCUGCGUAUGUGGUAGUGGCCUGUGCGAGUGUGGUCUAACUAUUAUGAUAUAGUAUAACUCUGUGAAUGAUAUUCUCUCUCAAGUAUCGUGUCAUCUAAGUGUUACCUACAUGUGUAUAGAAAGGUAGCAAAAUGGGGUUUCGCAGGUGGACUAUAAUAUUUUUACUUAUUUUUAUGGAAUAUUUCGGAACUAAACCAUAUGUUGAUGCACAAGCAUGUUCAAUAUCCCAAGCAGAAACAUUAACCACAAAUAUCAAAGAUGUACAUGAAGGCAUUGUUUUCGAUCUGACAACUACAGGCGUUACUAGUAUAAAACAGCCCAUUUUCGAUAACCUUCUUAACUGGGCUCCGUAUUUUACCGUAACCUUCGAACUCGAGAACUCUCGGUUUCUGGUGGAGACCAAUGAAAGGUUCCCACUAUAUGAGGAACACGAAGUCGAAUUAUCAAUAUAUUUCACUGUCAAUUUCAUGUGCAUUAAUGGCAAUGAACAAACUCAGCAAUUCAGGGUACAUUUGUUCGAUACGAACAAUCACGUUCCAAGGUUUAUACAAACGGAUCACUACACUUACGUCCUCGAUGCACCAACACCACCAGGGUAUCAAGUAACUGGCUGCUUGUCCGAACUAAUAGCCCGAGAUGUCGACCUUACAAACAAAGAAAUUAUAUUCGAAAUUGAAGAAAAUGAAUUUUUCGAAAUUACUUACAGUGCUGAAUUAUCAAAAGAUCGAACUAAAGAAUUCGUAGCUAUAGUUACUACUAAAACAUUCAUCAGACAUUUGCGGGAAGAUAUCACAUUAACCAUUUAUGCUACGGAUGUCCAUGGUACAGAGGGCCAAGAAACACAUACAACAAGCGGUAAAAUUACAAUCAAAGGCAAUCCAGAGUAUCUGCUUCCCGAUGAACCAGUAUUUUCUAAAACUAUAUACAAUGGAAUUUACACAACGGAUGGCAAAGUGGAGCUAGAAGAAUUUAUAUCUCUACAAAAUGGUUAUGAUAACCUCGUACAUUUUUCCGUUGGAGAAACUUACAAUACCAAUUUUAGGCUUGUAGAACUACCAGAUCAAGUUAAUCAGAUUAAGAUAGAAGUACUGGAACCACUCAAAGAAGAUAUUCUCUUACAAAGUAGUAUCGCCCUAGAAAUAAUAGCUGAAAGAGAAUCUACCAGCGGAGCUACAGCAACAGUCAUCUUACAGUUACCUCAAGUGGUUCCCGUGCAAUUCGAAAGUGCCCACUAUGAAGGUAAGAUUGAGGACAACAUCCUUCGUCUCCAGCCGUUGUUGCUCAGUCAGGGUUACGAAGAUUCCGUUGUAUCCGCCACCUUCGUAGAGAAUGAUUAUUCUGAAUUCUUCAGUGCCCGCGUUGACGGCAACACAGUCUCAGUGUCAAUGGAAGACUUAGAUCAGACUACCAUAGACCAGAACAGCUUCAUUUACCUUCAGAUAGUAGCCACUGCUAGAAGCAGCACCGCGACUGCCGUCAUCACCCUGGAAAUUAUAAAAGACGACAAUGUUACUCCAGUAUUCGACAAACCUAUAUACACCGGCACCUAUGAUCUGAACGGCGACUUGACUGUUCAGCCAAUACGAUUCACACAGGGUUACGAUGGAGUUGAGUCUGUAGAACUGCAAGGAGAUCACAAGGAGCACUUCAAAGCCACGCGCGACGGAAGUGUCGUGACAAUAGAGGUGUCCAAUAAUAUCCCGGUUGAAUUGUUUGACUUGGGCCGUAUUGUGCUAUCCAUGGAAGCCACGAAACCAAGGACUGUGGGAGCCAAAGCUACACUGAUCGUCACCUUGCCCACAGUGGUUCCCGUGCAGUUCCAAAGUGCCCACUAUGAAGGUAAGAUUGAGGACAACAUCCUUCGUCUCCAGCCGUUGUUGCUCAGUCAGGGUUACGAAGAUUCCGUUGUAUCCGCCACCUUCGUAGAGAAUGAUUAUUCUGAAUUCUUCAGUGCCCGCGUUGAUGGCAACACAGUCUCAGUGUCAAUGGAAGACUUAGAUCAGACUACCAUAGACCAGAACAGCUUCAUUUACCUUCAGAUAGUAGCCACUGCUAGAAGCAGCACCGCGACUGCCGUCAUCACCCUGGAGAUUAUAAAAGACGACAAUGUUACUCCAGUAUUCGACAAACCUAUAUACACCGGCACCUAUGAUCUGAACAGCGGCUUGACUGUUCAGCCAAUACGAUUCACACAGGGUUACGAUGGAGUUGAGUCUGUAGAACUGCAAGGAGAUCACAAGGAGCACUUCAAAGCCACGCGCGAGGGAAGUUUCGUGACAAUAGAGGUGUCCAAUAAUAUCCCGGUUGAAUUGUUUGACUUGGGCCGUAUUGUGCUAUCCAUGGGAGCCACGAAACCAAGGACUGUGGGAGCCAAAGCUACACUGAUCGUCACCUUGCCCACAGUGGUUCCCGUGCAGUUCCAAAGUGCCCACUAUGAAGGUAAGAUUGAGGACAACAUCCUCCGUCUCCAGCCGUUGUUGCUCAGUCAGGGUUACGAAGAUUCCGUUGUAUCCGCCACCUUCGUAGAGAAUGAUUAUUCUGAAUUCUUCAGUGCCCGCGUUGAUGGCAACACAGUCACAGUGUCAAUGGAAGACUUAGAUCAGACUACCAUAGACCAGAACAGCUUCAUUUACCUUCAGAUAGUAGCCACUGCUAGAAGCAGCACCGCGACUGCCGUCAUCACCCUGGAGAUUAUAAAAGACGACAAUGUUACUCCAGUAUUCGACAAACCUAUAUACACCGGCACCUAUGAUCUGAACGGCGGCUUGACUGUUCAGCCAAUACGAUUCACACAGGGUUACGAUGGAGUUGAGUCUGUAGAACUGCAAGGAGAUCACAAGGAGCACUUCAAAGCCGCGCGCGAGGGAAGUGUCGUGACAAUAGAGGUGUCCAAUAAUAUCCCGGUUGAAUUGUUUGACUUGGGCCGUAUUGUGCUAUCCAUGGAAGCCACGAAACCAAGGACUGUGGGAGCCAAAGCUACACUGAUCGUCACUUUGCCCACAGUGGUUCCCAUACAGUUCCAAAGUGCCCACUAUGAAGGUAAGAUUGAGGACAACAUCCUCCGUCUCCAGCCGUUGUUGCUCAGUCAGGGUUACGAAGAUUCCGUUGUAUCCGCCACCUUCGUAGAGAAUGAUUAUUCUGAAUUCUUCAGUGCCCGCGUUGAUGGCAACACAGUCACAGUGUCAAUGGAAGACUUAGAUCAGACUACCAUAGACCAGAACAGCUUCAUUUACCUUCAGAUAGUAGCCACUGCUAGAAGCAGCACCGCGACUGCCGUCAUCACCCUGGAGAUUAUAAAAGACGACAAUGUUACUCCAGUAUUCGACAAACCUAUAUACACCGGUUCUUAUGAUCCUGACAGGAAAUUAAUAAUUGAGCAAGUUUCGUUUAGUCAGGGCUACGAGGGAGUUGACUCAAUAGUCUUUCAUGGAGAUCACAAGGAGCACUUCAAAGCCGCGCGCGACGGAAGUGUCGUGACAAUAGAGGUGUCCAAUAAUAUCCCGGUUGAAUUGUUUGACUUGGGCCGUAUUGUGCUAUCCAUGGAAGCCACGAAACCAAGGACUGUGGGAGCCAAAGCUACACUGAUCGUCACCUUGCCCACAGUGGUUCCCAUACAGUUCCAAAGUGCCCACUAUGAAGGUAAGAUUGAGGACAACAUCCUCCGUCUCCAGCCGUUGUUGCUCAGUCAGGGUUACGAAGAUUCCGUUGUAUCCGCCACCUUCGUAGAGAAUGAUUAUUCUGAAUUCUUCAGUGCCCGCGUUGAUGGCAACACAGUCACAGUGUCAAUGGAAGACUUAGAUCAGACUACCAUAGACCAGAACAGCUUCAUUUACCUUCAGAUAGUAGCCACUGCUAGAAGCAGCACCGCGACUGCCGUCAUCACCCUGGAGAUUAUAAAAGACGACAAUGUUACUCCAGUAUUCGACAAACCUAUAUACACCGGUUCUUAUGAUCCUGACAGGAAAUUAAUAAUUGAGCAAGUUUCGUUUAGUCAGGGCUACGAGGGAGUUGACUCAAUAGUCUUUCAUGGAGAACACGCGAGAUACUUCACAGCGACGCGAAAUGGAGCUGACGUUGCAAUAGAGCUUUUGGAAUCUAUACCACCUGAGUUAUUUAACUUGGGGCACAUAGUAUUGUCUUUGCAAGCCACAAAGCCAAGGACUGUGGGUGCUAAUACAGCAGUGAUCAUCACUCUGCCUGCAGGUGACCCACCGGUAGAUAGUAAUGUAUCAUUCGAUAAUCUCAUCUACGAGGGCACGCUUCAGGAUAAUGUCGUCCAACACGAGAAUAUCAGAAUAUUUGAAUUCGACGGAACAACUGUUGACUUACGUGGAGAUUACUCAUACGCGUUCGAGGCGACAGUGACGAACGGCUUGGUGUCGGUGACAAGGAUUCAAUCAGAGACCCUGCCCGCUGCCGUGCCACGCGUAACCCUUGAGCUUCACGCGCGAAGUGCAAGAGCUGUGCUGCUUCUUAAUGUCUUGGGAUCCGGUGACCCACCGGUAGAUAGUAAUGUAUCAUUCGAUAAUCUCAUCUACGAGGGCACGCUUCAGGAUAAUGUCGUCCAACACGAGAAUAUCAGAAUAUUUGAAUUCGACGGAACAACUGUUGACUUACGUGGAGAACACGCACACGCGUUCAGGGCGACAGUGACGGACGGUUCGGUGUCGGUGAGCAGGUUGGAAUCAGAGACCCUGUCCGAUACCGUGACACGCGUAACCCUUGAGCUUCACGCGCGAAGUGCAAGAGCUGUGCUGCUUCUUAAUGUCUUGGGAUCCGGUGACCCACCGGUAGAUAGUAAUGUAUCAUUCGAUAAUCUCAUCUACGAGGGCACGCUUCAGGAUAAUGUCGUCCAACACGAGAAUAUCAGAAUAUUUGAAUUCGACGGAACAACUGUUGACUUACGUGGAGAACACGCACACGCGUUCAGGGCGACAGUGACGGACGGUUCGGUGUCGGUGAGCAGGUUGGAAUCAGAGACCCUGUCCGAUACCGUGACACGCGUAACCCUUGAGCUUCACGCGCGAAGUGCAAGAGCUGUGCUGCUUCUUAAUGUCUUGGGAUCCGGUGACCCACCGGUAGAUAGUAAUGUAUCAUUCGAUAAUCUCAUCUACGAGGGCACGCUUCAGGAUAAUGUCGUCCAACACGAGAAUAUCAGAAUAUUUGAAUUCGACGGAACAACUGUUGACUUACGUGGAGAACACGCACACGCGUUCAGGGCGACAGUGACGGACGGUUCGGUGUCGGUGAGCAGGUUGGAAUCAGAGACCCUGUCCGAUACCGUGACACGCGUAACCCUUGAGCUUCACGCGCGAAGUGCAAGAGCUGUGCUGCUUCUUAAUGUCUUGGGAUCCGGUGACCCACCGGUAGAUAGUAAUGUAUCAUUCGAUAAUCUCAUCUACGAGGGCACGCUUCAGGAUAAUGUCGUCCAACACGAGAAUAUCAGAAUAUUUGAAUUCGACGGAACAACUGUUGACUUACGUGGAGAACACGCACACGCGUUCAGGGCGACAGUGACGGACGGUUCGGUGUCGGUGAGCAGGUUGGAAUCAGAGACCCUGUCCGAUACCGUGACACGCGUAACCCUUGAGCUUCACGCGCGAAGUGCAAGAGCUGUGCUGCUUCUUAAUGUCUUGGGAUCCGGUGACCCACCGGUAGAUAGUAAUGUAUCAUUCGAUAAUCUCAUCUACGAGGGCACGCUUCAGGAUAAUGUCGUCCAACACGAGAAUAUCAGAAUAUUUGAAUUCGACGGAACAACUGUUGACUUACGUGGAGAACACGCACACGCGUUCAGGGCGACAGUGACGGACGGUUCGGUGUCGGUGAGCAGGUUGGAAUCAGAGACCCUGUCCGAUACCGUGACACGCGUAACCCUUGAGCUUCACGCGCGAAGUGCAAGAGCUGUGCUGCUUCUUAAUGUCUUGGGAUCCGGUGACCCACCGGUAGAUAGUAAUGUAUCAUUCGAUAAUCUCAUCUACGAGGGCACGCUUCAGGAUAAUGUCGUCCAACACGAGAAUAUCAGAAUAUUUGAAUUCGACGGAACAACUGUUGACUUACGUGGAGAACACGCACACGCGUUCAGGGCGACAGUGACGGACGGUUCGGUGUCGGUGAGCAGGUUGGAAUCAGAGACCCUGUCCGAUACCGUGACACGCGUAACCCUUGAGCUUCACGCGCGAAGUGCAAGAGCUGUGCUGCUUCUUAAUGUCUUGGGAUCCGGUGACCCACCGGUAGAUAGUAAUGUAUCAUUCGAUAAUCUCAUCUACGAGGGCACGCUUCAGGAUAAUGUCGUCCAACACGAGAAUAUCAGAAUAUUUGAAUUCGACGGAACAACUGUUGACUUACGUGGAGAUUACUCAUACGCGUUCGAGGCGACAGUGACGAACGGCUUGGUGUCGGUGACAAGGAUUCAAUCAGAGACCCUCCCCGGUGCCGCGGCCGUGCCACGCGUAACCCUUGAGCUUCACGCGCGAAGUGCAAGAGCUGUGCUGCUUCUUAAUGUCUUGGGACCCGGUGACCCACCGGUAGAUAAUGACGUAUCAUUCGAUAAUCUCAUCUACGAGGGCACGCUUCAGGAUAAUGUCGUCCAACACGAUAUUAUCAGAAUAUUUGAAUUCGACGGAACAACUGUUGACUUACGUGGAGAUUACUCAUACGCGUUCGAGGCGACAGUGACGAACGGCUUGGUGUCGGUGACAAGGAUUCAAUCAGAGACCCUCCCCGGUGCCGCGGCCGUGCCACGCGUAACCCUUGAGCUUCACGCGCGAAGUGCAAGAGCUGUGCUGCUUCUUAAUGUCUUGGGACCCGGUGACCCACCGGUAGAUAAUGACGUAUCAUUCGAUAAUCUCAUCUACGAGGGCACGCUUCAGGAUAAUGUCGUCCAACACGAUAUUAUCAGAAUAUUUGAAUUCGACGGAACAACUGUUGACUUACGUGGAGAUUACUCAUACGCGUUCGAGGCGACAGUGACGAACGGCUUGGUGUCGGUGACAAGGAUUCAAUCAGAGACCCUCCCCGGUGCCGCGGCCGUGCCACGCGUAACCCUUGAGCUUCACGCGCGAAGUGCAAGAGCUGUGCUGCUUCUUAAUGUCUUGGGAUCCGGUGACCCACCGGUAGAUAGUAAUGUAUCAUUCGAUAAUCUCAUCUACGAGGGCACGCUUCAGGAUAAUGUCGUCCAACACGAGAAUAUCAGAAUAUUUGAAUUCGACGGAACAACUGUUGACUUACGUGGAGAACACGCACACGCGUUCAGGGCGACAGUGACGGACGGUUCGGUGUCGGUGAGCAGGUUGGAAUCAGAGACCCUGUCCGAUACCGUGACACGCGUAACCCUUGAGCUUCACGCGCGAAGUGCAAGAGCUGUGCUGCUUCUUAAUGUCUUGGGAUCCGGUGUUCCUGAACCCUUAGUGGAGUUUUCUUCGGAGUCCUACGCACUAUCAGUGUUCACAACACAGACUGGCAUCGUGGGUCGAGUAUCAGCUACAGCUAACAACAAUGAAGCAAUCACGUACUCUUUUGACACGGACAACGCUCAUCUACUAUCGCGUCUUUCUAUAAACAAUGAGGGCGAACUGCACUUGUCUGCUCCGGUUGAUAGUGGUGUUUACACUUUCCAAGUUAUUGCUGUUACUGUUAUUUCACAAGCAAGGGCCACGGCUCCGGUACAUCUUACAUCGCAUGAAGCGACGGUGUGUGACGAUCGUGGUAUUGUGGUACCACCGUUGAUCGUAAUAGACCGUGACGAGGAAGAAGAACACAGGAAUCUAGUGGUACUUGAUCCUACGCAACAUGCUGGCUGCCGAUACACCAUGACAAAUCGAUGGCCCACACAGCAAUCAUGGCUAUACGUCGACGAAACUGGAUUACACACAAAUGCAAUAGACAGAGAACACGAAUCUAUAGCCUUCAUGACCGUUUCACAAGUUCAAGUAGAGCUCAUAUUAGAAUGCGACGACGACCCUGUACGAACAAAACGCUCGAAACGGUCAUACGAUUGGCUUGACCCCUACGAAUACGGUAGCAAUAAAUGGGUCCUUACAGACUCGAUCCCCUACAACUCCAGACGUACCUUAGUGAAUCUGAUAGUGAACGACAUCAAUGAUAACGCUCCUAUAUUCAUCGGUAAAGAAAACGAACCAAUUGUUGUCGGAUAUCCAAAUAGUGAGCUCGAAGAAAGAAUAUUACCCCGCUCUUUAGUGGAGUUACAGGCGACGGAUGCAGAUAUAGGAAUAAAUGCAGCAUUAAGGUACUCCAGUUCAGAGAGUGUGCUAGCUGUCGCACCAAGUACAGGCUUCGUCCACGUGCGAAGUGGUGCCAGUCUCCAGCAAGACCAGAUCCUCACUGUAACAGCCACUGAUCAGAAUGGAGAAGGACUGUCUGGAACUAUCCAACUAGCUGUAAAACUAUUGGAUGUAAGCCAUAUAGCCGUAGUGACUGUCAGAGAUGUCUUCCUAGACGAUGAAAAAACAGUCUUAAGUCAGUUAAGUGAUGCCGUCGGAUAUGAAGUCAAGGCUUUGAGGUCAGUUGUCGUAUCUGAUGACAUAAAUGAAGGUGUCACUAGGCACAAACGGGAAACUAACGCCAGAACUUCACUACAACUUUAUGUAUAUGGACUAGUUGAACAAGAACCUGUUGUAGUAACUAAACUGACAAGCGAUCUAAAUAGCCAAGCUGUCAUCCAGAAUGUAGCAACCAUCCCACUGGAAGCUCAUUUAGAUAUUGGAUACACAGAGAUACAAUCUGCAGUUGGUUUGUUGGUAGCUACAAUAAUCCUGAGCGUUCUUCUGUUUGCGGCUCUCUGUGUGAUAGGCGUUUGGUUCUUCCUUAGAUGGAGAAAGAACCGAGAUUACGAUGAAUUCCGCGAUGACAGCAGUGUUGCAUCAAGAAAUGCAUCGCUUGGAGAAGAACCCAAACCAGAAGAAGUCAAACCACGAAUGAAUCUUGAGGAUCUAAAGAAAAGCGAAAAAAGAUUACAAGAACUAUUAGCAGCCCCUAUGGAAGAGGUUACAGUAGAACCAAUGCCAAGAAGGCUAGAGUCUCCUGUGGAAGCUAGAUUAGAAUUACCAGUGCCUCAGCAAAGUGUACCGGUGCCUGAUCAUAGUGCACCAAUAGCAAUUCAAUUAAUUGAUAAAUUAAAAGAUGCUGACGAUGAAAGUGAUACCGAUGAAUUUGGAGAAAGCAGUAAAGCACGUAGAAAAUCCGUAGUGACAUUCAAUGAAAAUGUUGAAAAGAUAAUUCAUGUACAAGACGAUGGUGAUGAAAGUGAAGUGGGUGGCAUUAUUACUAUUGAUAACGAUGGUACCAGUAGUACUAGUACUGAUGAUGUUGCAGUUUACAGAUUAUAAUAAAAAUAUGAGUAUUCAAAGAAAAAUGUUAAAAAUCUACUCUAUUAAUAUGACUAAUCUCUAGGUAGGUAAAUACUUCAUCCAAGUGAUACUCGACUUUUUAUAAAUAAAUGUUAUUAUUUUAUUA